GUUAAAAAGUCUUUCAGUGAGAAAAACGGCCGGUUACCGGAGUUUACCGUCAAAGCGCGGAGCUGUGGAGACAGGUGAACGUCAAGGUGAACGUCAGGUGUGUGUGCUGCAGGUUAACAGAGGAUUUACGUGUUUGUAGUGUUUUAAUGACGGCGGAGGAUCAAACAAACGUUUUAUAUCUGUUUAUUGGAGCUGUAAUGACGUCACACCUCACCUGAGCAGAAAGGAGUGCAAACGCUUCAGAGUGAAAGUCGAUAAGACGAGGAGACACUGAAGAAUCAUGGAGCUGUCACUGGCUCACCCGGUCUUCAAAGCCUUCAUGUGCGGCUCCUUCAGCGGGACGUGUUCCACUCUGCUCUUCCAGCCUCUCGACCUGGUUAAGACCCGUCUGCAGACUCUGCAGAGCAGCAUGCAGCCCGGCUCGGGCAGAGUCGGCAUGGUGACGGUGCUCCUGAGCGUGGUGCGGACAGAGAGGCUGCUCGGACUGUGGAAAGGAAUUUCACCGUCGUUCGCUCGGACCAUCCCGGGCGUCGGGCUCUACUUCAGCACCUACUACUCUCUGAAGCAGCACUUCUUCCAGGACAGCAACCCGAAGGCCGUGCAGGCCGUGCUGCUGGGAGGCGGCGCCCGGACGGUGGCGGGAGUCUUCAUGCUGCCGGUCACCGUCAUCAAAACACGAUUUGAAUGCGGCAGGUACAGUUACGGGAGUGUGACGGGCGCUCUGCGCAGCGUGUGUCGGACUGAAGGUCCUGCUGCUCUGUUCUCCGGCCUGAUGGCCACUCUCCUCAGAGACGUUCCCUUCUCCGGUAUCUACGUCAUGUUCUACAGCCAGACCAAGGCCGCGUUGCCAAAAGAAAUCAGCGAGUCUGCGUCCGCCCCGCUGGCGAACUUCAGCUGUGGGAUCCUGGCGGGGAUCUUGGCGUCUCUGAUCACGCAGCCAGCCGACGUGGUUAAAACAAACGUCCAGGUGAAUCCACAGCUGAAGACGGCAGAGGCCAUCAGGUGCAUCUACAUGGAACAUGGACUGCAGGGCUUCUUCAGAGGGGCGGUACCACGGGCGCUGAGGAGGACGAUGAUGGCCGCCAUGGCGUGGACGGUGUACGAGCAGAUGAUGGCACGUGUCGGACUGAAGUCCUGAAGGAGAGGAGUGGAUGUUUGUGAAGGAAAGAUUAAAGUCAAGUCACCGAGUGAAGACAGGGAGGAGCUGCUACAGAGGAGAGCGAAGGACGAUGCUCACAGAGAGCGAGGAGAGCGAACACUUGUUGUCGAAGUGACUAACACGCACUUUACGGAAGAGACGUGGAGGAUCUGCUCAGUGAAAUGUGAUUCUCUGGGUCAUGAAGUUCAGAUUUUUGGGCCUGUGCUUCGUAAAUAGAGGAAACAUUCCUAAUAAUAAUAAUGUAAUAAUAAUAAUGUAGGUACACUACAAGCUCUGUGGAGCUGCCGGAGGUGCGUCUGUAUUUUAUUUCUCUGAUUAACCGGCUUUAUCGAGGCCGGCGCUCGCUCACUCUGAUUCACCGUCUAAGUCGCUGAACCACUGGACAAAAAAAAACAAAUUAAAUAACUUCUUCGUGUCACUAUUUUGCAGCAGUAAAUUGUGAGUCAGCUGCUUCAUGAAAUAAACAAAGCCGGAGCACAACAGGUCGUGUAUCAGAGGUUAGAUUCAGGCUGACGUGUGGAGGUUUGACCGAUCCGAGCGUCUUGAUUGGCGACCGCAGUCUGACGUCGGGUUUUUUGAAAAAGUUGCAUCCGGCUCAACUUCUCUGCCACAAAAACUACCCUGACUCAAAUAAAUGGAAACACUGCGCUCUUGCCACAGGAAUGGAUUCUGAGAUUUUGCAUGUUUGAGUGGAAAACAUCCACGUGACUCCAAUAACACACGUGUAUUUAUAUCCUGAUAUUGUUUGUAAAACAAACUAACGUAUGCCUUUAGCUCGUUCUUCUGCCUUAAAACUGUAACGAUGUUUGUUUGGAGCAUGUUUUCUUUUUUUAAAGGAUGUUUAGGAGAAUAAAACUCUGUACAGUA